AUGGGUGAGUUGUCCGUGGAUAACUUGACUUCCCUCAAUGCGAGUGGAGAGCAUGACUUGCUACGUCCGAUGGUAUAUUAUCAUCCACUGUGGUUGGGUUUCCAGGGUGUUUUCUUCAUCGUCUCAGGAUUGUUUGGAGUAUUCGGUAACUGUCUCGCCCUGACUGCUCUUGCCACCACGCCUAAACUCCGUAACUCAUGCACGGCUCUGAUCGGUAACCUAUGCGUGGCAGAUCUGGUCUCCAGUGUACAGCAGUUGUUCUUCAUGGUUCCCUUGAUGAUUUACAAAGGUUUCCCGGACAACAUGGUGUUGUGCAAGAUUGCCUACUACAUCCCAAGCACAAUGUUCGCUGCGUCACUCACUACCCUCGUGUUCAUCACGUUUAACCGCUACUUUCUCAUCACCAGACCGCAUUCCUGCUACCCUUGUUGUUGCGGCAAAAAGUCCGUCAUAGUUAACAUCGCUAUCAUUUGGAUAUUCGUCUUUAUCACCAUGGUCCUGCCGUCUCUUAACGGCGGCUCAAAUGGAGUGGUUUACAGUUAUAAGAAUUUGGGGUGCACCGUCAUUUCCAAGCACAUUGUCUCCAUUGUGUAUUUGAGCCUCUUCGUGAUCCUCCCAGCUUUCGUUCUCGUACCGAUACUUUACGGCCUGACGGUUUACGCAGCACAAGCGAGCCACCUGCGGGUCCACAAUGGUACUGUCCCCCGCCUCGCAUCCAACAUAGCGACUGUCCAGUCACUCCAGAUUCAAGAAGGGCGUACUUUAGAAGGUACCACAGUGUCCACUGUGUCUAAAUCGGUCACUAAUGAUGCUGCCCCUGUACACCAUCGUGGUGUGAGCAAGGGAGAGCUCAACCUUACCCGCAUACCGUUGUUGAUCUUUACGGUCUUCGCCGGCUGUUGGACCCCACACAUGGUGUACGUCAUCUGGGACAGUUUUACGGAAGUGUCUGGCUAUAUUCGUCAGUUAGCGUCUCUGUUCAUCUGGGCCAACUCGGCCAUCAACCCGUACCUCUACGCCUGGUCCAACCGUAACUUCAGACUUGCCUACAAGAGGCUCUUCGUAAACGUGAAAUGCUGCCGCAAAGAAAGACGCUAA